AUGUCCGGCGAAGGCCCCGAAUCAAUCCCCACCUCAGCGGACCCCCGCUCCCGCCGCCCAACAAAGAAACGCGCCCUCACCCCCGUCUCCGAACACGCAAAACACCUCGAAACCCUCUUCUCCAAACCAGACCAAGAGAUCCGUCUCCCUCCCGGUGUCGGCGUCGGCGCCGGCACCGUAGCCAAACGCGCCGUCGCCGCGCCCCCCGAGAUCGUAACAAACGUCCAAGGUUCCUCCGCCGGCGCCGGCUCCGGCGAGUUCCACGUCUACAAGGCCAGCCGACGCCGCGAAUACGACCGUCUGCGCGCCAUGGACGACGAGGUCCGACAGGAAAAGGAGAAUGACGAGUUUGAGCGCCAAAAGGCCGAGCGGGCUGCCAAGGACGAGGAGCGCACAAGGAAGAAUCGGGAAAAGCGGGAUAAGAAGAAGCAAAAGGGUAAAAAAGGUCCCGGUGGUGGUGGUGGUGGUGCUGCUGCUCCUGUUGCAAAGGGAGGAGCCGCCACCGCUUCGUCAAGUGGUGACAACAAGGACGGCACGAGCAAGGGCGCAGAAACGGCGACGACCUCGUCAGGAGCUGCUCAGCCCCCCGGUAUUGUGAUCCACGACGAUGACUGA